AGGGGCGGGGCGGCGCGCGCGCCGCCGCGGGCGGGGAGCCGCUGCAGAUCCCGUAAGACGGGAGGCUGCGGAGUCGCUGCAGUCCCCGCCGCCGCCACAUUCAACAGGCAGCAGCGCCGCUGUCGCGCGGCCGCGGGGAGCUAGAGCGGCCCGCGGCGUCCGCCCGUCUGCUCUUGCGUCCGCGGCCCUGUCAGCAGGAGCUGCCGGGCUCCGCGGCCUGGUCCGUGCCCCCGUCCGAGGCACGAACUCGGAGGAUCCUAGACACCGGUGACCCAGCGAAGUUAAGUUCUGGGCGCGUCCGUCCGCUGCGCCGCGUCUCGCUCCGGCGUGCGUCCGCCGUCCGCGGCCCCCAAUCUCGGAGCGACACUCCGGUCGCCCGCUCCGCGCCCCCGGUGGCCGCGUCUCCCGGUACUCUCUGCUGGUGGGGGAGGGGCGGGGGGCACCAUGGCCGAAGCGCCCCAGGUGGUGGAGACCGACCCGGACUUCGAGCCGCUGCCUCGGCAGCGCUCCUGUACCUGGCCGCUGCCCAGGCCGGAGUUUAACCAGUCCAACUCGACCACCUCCAGCCCGGCGCCGUCGGGCGGCACGGCCGCCAACCCCGAUGCCACGGCGAGCCUGGCCUCGGCGUCCGCUGUCAGUACCGACUUUAUGAGCAACCUGAGCCUGCUGGAGGAGAGUGAGGACUUCGCGCGGGCGCCGGGCUGCGUGGCCGUGGCGGCCGCGGCUGCGGCCAGCAGGGGCCUGUGCGGGGACUUCCAGAGCCCCGAGGCGGGCUGCGUGCACCCGGCGCCACCGCAGCCCCCACCGUCCGGACCGCUGUCACAGCCCCCACCGGUGCCUCCCGCCGCCGCGGGGCCACUCGCGGGACAGCCGCGCAAGACCAGUUCGUCGCGCCGCAACGCGUGGGGCAACCUGUCGUACGCCGACCUCAUCACCAAGGCCAUCGAGAGCUCGGCGGAGAAGAGGCUCACCCUGUCGCAGAUCUACGAGUGGAUGGUGAAGAGCGUGCCCUACUUCAAGGAUAAGGGCGACAGCAACAGCUCGGCGGGCUGGAAGAAUUCAAUUCGCCAUAAUCUGUCCCUACACAGCAAGUUCAUUCGAGUACAGAAUGAAGGAACUGGAAAAAGUUCUUGGUGGAUGCUCAAUCCAGAGGGAGGCAAGAGUGGAAAAUCACCCCGGAGAAGAGCUGCAUCCAUGGACAACAACAGUAAAUUUGCUAAGAGCCGAGGGCGGGCUGCUAAGAAAAAGGCAUCUCUCCAGUCCGGCCAAGAGGGUCCUGGAGAUAGCCCUGGGUCUCAGUUUUCUAAGUGGCCUGCGAGUCCUGGGUCCCACAGCAAUGAUGACUUUGAUAACUGGAGUACAUUUCGUCCUCGAACCAGCUCAAAUGCUAGCACCAUCAGUGGGAGACUUUCUCCCAUCAUGACAGAACAGGAUGAUCUGGGAGACGGGGAUGUACAUUCCUUGGUAUAUCCACCCUCUGCUGCCAAAAUGGCCUCUACACUGCCCAGUCUGUCUGAAAUCAGCAAUCCAGAAAACAUGGAGAACCUUCUGGAUAAUCUAAAUCUUCUCUCGUCCCCAACAUCUUUAACUGUGUCAACCCAGUCCUCACCUGGCAGCAUGAUGCAGCAGACACCUUGCUAUUCGUUUGCACCGCCAAACACCAGUCUAAAUUCACCCAGCCCAAACUACUCAAAGUACACAUACGGCCAAUCCAGCAUGAGCCCUUUGCCCCAGAUGCCUAUGCAGACACUUCAGGACAGCAAAUCAAGUUAUGGAGGAUUGAACCAGUAUAACUGUGCCCCAGGACUCUUGAAAGAGUUGCUGACUUCUGAUUCUCCUCCUCACAGUGACAUUAUGUCACCAGUUGAUCCUGGAGUGGCUCAACCCAACAGUCGGGUCCUGGGCCAAAGUGUAAUGAUGGGCCCUAAUUCAGUCAUGCCAGCCUAUGGCAGCCAGGCAUCUCAUAACAAAAUGAUGAACCCUAGUUCCCACACCCACCCAGGACAUGUACCACAAACAUCUUCAGUCAAUGGCCGUGCCCUGCCCCAUGUGGUGAACACCAUGCCUCACACAUCUGCCAUGAACCGCUUGACCCCAGUGAAGACACCUUUACAAGUGCCUCUGCCCCACCCCAUGCAGAUGAGUGCCCUGGGCAGCUACUCCUCCGUGAGCAGCUGCAAUGGCUAUGGUAGGAUGGGUGUCCUCCACCAGGAGAAGCUCCCAAGUGACUUGGAUGGCAUGUUUAUUGAGCGCUUGGACUGUGACAUGGAGUCCAUCAUUCGGAAUGACCUCAUGGAUGGAGAUACCUUGGAUUUUAACUUUGAUAAUGUGUUGCCCAACCAAAGCUUCCCACACAGUGUCAAGACUACAACGCACAGCUGGGUGUCAGGCUGAGAGUUAGUGAGGAGGCUACAUUUAAAAGUCCUUCAGAUUGUCUGACAGCAGGAACUGAGGAGCAGUCCAAAGAUGCCCUUCACCCUUUUAGUUUUCUUGAUUUAAAAAAAAAAAAAAAAAAUCCUUUUUUUCCUUUCGUCAGACUUGGCAGCAGAAGCACUUUCCCGUGCAGGAUGUUUGCCCAGCGUUUGCAGAUUAUGUGCUCCUGUAGAUAAGGACUCUGCCAUUGGGAAUCAUUACAAUGAAGUGCCAAACUCACUACACCAUGUAAUUGCAGAAAAGACUUUUUCAGAUCCUGGUGUGCUUUCAAGUUUUGUAUAUAUGCAGUAGAUACAGAAUUGUAUUUGUGUGUGUGUGUUUUUUUAAAUAUCUACUUGGUCCAAGGAAAGUUUAUACUCUUUUGUAAUACUGUGAUGGUCUUGAGUCUUGAUAAACUUUGCUUUGUACUGCCCGUGUUCUGCUAAAGUGAUGAAUCAUGAACUAAGAUCUCCAUUCUGCACCUCUGCUGAAUGACUGAAUCUGUUCAUCUUGCCACAGGAUUCGUAUGAGAACCAAGUAGCCGGUGAUCAAUCUGCUGAAUUAGUGGACUUGUCAAACUUUGGGGCAGAAUAAGAUUAAGUGCCAGCUUUGUACAGGUCUUUUCUAUUAUUUUUGUUGUUGUUUAUUUUGUUAUUUGCAAAUUUGUACAAACACCUUAAAAUGGUUCUAAUUUCCAGAUAAAUGACUUUUGAUGUUAUUGUUAGUACUCAACAUUUUUUGGAAUAGAUACCGAACUGUAAUGUUUUCUUAAAACUAGAGUCUACUUUGUUACAUUGUCUGCUUAUAAAUUUGUGAAAUCAGAGGAAUUUGGGGGCAGCAUUCAUAAUUUUCAUUUUGUAUUUCUAACUGGAUUAGUACUAAUUUUAUACGUGCUCAACUGGUUUGUACACUUUGGGACGCUACCUGAUGAUGUUUCUGACUAAUCUUAAAUCAUUGUAAUUAGUACUUGCAUACUCAACGUUUCUGGCCAUUUGGGCAGGAAAGUGAUGUAUAGUUACAGAUACUCUGUGUUUUGUAUGUAGAUUUAUCUGUGUAUUUUAAAGAAACUUUCUGUUACCCUGUGAAUUGUGUACAGUGCAUAGCACCAAGUCUGCAGAUAGAUGCCCCAUGCCACGUUCUUACAGCUCUCCUAGGGAGGCCUUGCCAGAUGAUGCCCCAUGCCAUGUUGUCACAGUUCCCAUAGGGAAGCCUCCUCUGUCUGUCACUCAGGACAGGGAGACUUUAUCUGAGAUGAUGUUCUUUGUCUAACUGGGGUUCUCCUCCUACUCCGAGCUCUUGAUUUUUGUCCAGAAUGGAGGUGGUGUUACGGCUCUGUCCUGAAGAAUCAUGUAGCUUCUCAGUCUCCACCUCUGUUCUCUCAGGCUCUGAACAAUGUAAACCCAAGGAGGAAGUUUGCAAAUAGGACUUCAGUGAUUUAUGGAGUGCUUUGUGUUCUUAAGUACAGACAGUGGCAGAAUUAGUAAAAAAAUUGAGACAGUAAACUUGAAAACCAGCCAGCUAUAAAUGUACAUUUAUUUUGAAAUCCUUAGCUUAAGAAUUUGAGAGGUUUUUUUUUUUUUUCAACCUUGAGCAGCCUAGCCUGUGUCUCAUUAAGUUUUUAUAUUCUAUUUACCUGAAAUCCUACCAGACCAGGAUAAUUGGGUUCCGCCUCCCAUUCCGUCCAUCAGCAUUUCCAAGUCAUCCAUCGAGAUUGCUGACUGUCCCACAAUUUGAGGAACAGAGGUACUACAGCAUCCCUCCUUUGCCUUCUUGAGAAGGCCUGGUUUCCAUGCAGAAGCCCAGAUUGCACUUGUAGGUUUUUAGUAUGUUACUUAUCUCUCCAUGUGGGGUGUGGGUGUGUGUGUUAACAAGAAUAAAAUGUCCCUGGUUUUCACGGUUGGCCAGCUUUGUCGGAAGCUUCCCACCAUGACCUGUACUACUGUAAACAUGUAUUGAGGCACUGCUCCUCUGACCACCUUUGUUUGGGCACUCCAAAACAGGGCUUAUUUUAGAAAUGAAUUCCUCCAAGCAGAGCCUCCUACAAAUGGAGUAGAAUUUACUGGGGUCAAAGAACUCAGGACUCUCUUUCCUCCUCCGUCUGCCAUUUCUUACCAUUGCAGAAAGAGCCUCUGCAUGUAAUCCUUCAGCAGAGGCAGCUCCAGCCCUGACCAGUGGUCAACUUGCUGAAGGCCACUGAGUGACUUGGAUGUGUUUCUUCUUUCAGAAGCUAUAGAUUUCAACAGCACCCCCCCCCCCCUUUUUUUUUUCUUUUCUGUUUUAGUGUUAAGAUCAUAGUGUGAAUCAUGGGGCACAGCGAAGUCCAGGAAAGGCUUCUUGUCUGUUUUGAAAACAAACAUCAAACUUGUGACCUCUAAAUAUCCUUUUCUGUGAGAAUGUUCACUUUCUGGUAUAUUAUUGUACAUGAUUGCUCUGUGAAAAGACGUCACCUAUGCAGCCUUGUUUAUUUCCUUUGGUUUGUACUGUUGUUAAGAGCAUAUUGUAUUAUAGAGCUAUUUGGAUAUUUUAAAUAUAAAGAUGUAUUGUUUCCAUAAUAUAGAUGUAUGGAAUAUAUUUAGGUGAUAGAUGUACAAUUUGGAAAGGUCUGCUUGGACAAACUGAGUCUAAGUUAAUUAGCAAAUAUUAUAUCCUGGUGAGCAGUAAAUCCCAGACCUAACAGUAAGAGGAUAAAGUCACUUAAAAUGGAAACAGUUCCCCAAAGGUGUACAAUUUGAACUUGUUCAACUGCUUAAUCUAUGGCUCCCCUUUUCCCCUCAAAAAACCUUGAAGUUCUUAGUUUCAGCUCUCAGAAGUUACUGAUUUUAAGUGAAAAGUUUCUCUGUGGUUUCAUCUGGGGAGUGAUCGUUCAGUAUAGCGUGCAUUGUGCUUUAUGCAAACAAAACAGCCUGGCCCUGUGGCCAGGGAUAGGCAGCCUUGUAAGUCCCAUCAGGAUAGAGUCCCACCCUCACACACACGUCAGCACCGGAGUUGAGUAACAGUGCAGAUGCCUUGUUCCUGUUCCAAUACUAUCUGAGAAGUGCCUGAUGAUGAUGAUGAUGUACUUACAGAUACAAGAACAAUCCUUACUAUAAAUUGUAUAAAGCCAUAAAUGUACAUAAAUUAUCUUUAAGUGGC